AUGGAAGAUGAGGGAAGCCGUGCCAUCAUCAUUGUCACAGCCGUGUUCUUGUUUUUUUCUCUGGUCGCUGUCUCCCUUCGAUGCUUCGUUCGUUUGAAAAUUGUGAAGGCAUUUGGACGCGACGAUGCUUUAAUGGUGACAGCAGCGAUCUUGAAUAUCGCAUUCGCCACGUGUGGUAUUGUGGGCGCUACAAAUGGAAUGGGGAAAAAGGCGUCAUAUCUAGCUCAUCGACCGAAUCUGGCUCGACGGGGCUUGUUGUGCUGGUGGCUAGGACAGAUCUUCUACAUAUUCACUUGCACGAUCGCUAGGCUGUCUAUUGCUGUCACUCUUCUCCGGCUGGCCGUUGAACGCAUUCAUUCAUGGAUUCUCUACGGAGUAAUGGGAUUAUCCACUGCCGUGGGAAUGGUAUUUCUUUUCUUCUCCAUUUUCCAAUGCGAGGCAGUCUCAUGCUUCUGGACUCGCUUGCCAACAGGAUGCCAAUGCGUCAACGAGGGAAUCCUCCUCGGCAUUGUCUAUAUGUAUAGCGGCGUGGCGACCCUGUGUGAUUUCACACUUGGCUCUCUCCCCGUUCAUAUGAUCUGGAGGGUCCAAAUGGAUCGUCAAACAAAACUUGCCGUGUCAGGACUUCUGAGUAUUGCAUGCGUGUUCGUUCUCCAUGCCGAUUUCCUCAUUUUGGACCAAUUGCUAAUUCAGGUUCUUCUCAGAGCGAGCACUGCUGUCAUCGUUCGAAUCCCAUUCCUACAUUACGCCAGCAGUCCAGAUUUCCUCCGUGAGUUUAUCACAGCGCCCUUUCCGCUAUACUGGUUCUAA